AUGCCCGCAGUGUUGAUGACAUUUGGUACCGUCGUUCUCGCUCGCCGGUUCUCUCGCCGCGAGUUCUGGUCUGACAUUCGGAAAUCCAAUGCGAAUGCUAUCCUAUACAUUGGGGAAAUGCUUCGAUAUCUUGACCAUCACGUCACGUUAGCGUAUGGGCUAGGGCUCGCACCGACUGUCUGGAAGGCGUUCCGCGAGCGGUUCGGCGUGGACUGGAUUGUGGAAUAUUACAGUGCGACGGAGGCGACGACAUCACUGCUCAACUCGACCUGGAAUAAUGCAGGAAAUGGCAAGGUAGCCCAUUGGGGUCCUCUGAUGAGGCUAUUUGGGCAAGACUCGUUCUAUAUAGUCAAGGUGGAUAUUGUAUCCGGGGAAAUUAUUCGAGACCCGAAGACAGGGUUCUGUAUUCCAGCCAAGACGGACGAACCGGGGGAAGCGAUCUGCCGUAUCAAGCCUCCUAUUCAGCGGAAGCACGACUAUAUCGGGGAUAUGGGGGCUGAGGCUACAGAAAAGAAGACGCUGCGUGAUGUGUUCAGUAAGGGGGACGAAUUUUUCAGGCUCGGCGAUGCACUCUUUGUGGAUUCUGACGGGUAUAUCUCGUUCUCCGAUCGGCUCGGGGACACCUACCGGGUCAAGGGUCACAAUAUAUCCACGACGGAGGUUGAGAACUGCCUCAGCCGCCAUCCUGAUGUAGCAUCUGUCAAUGUCUACGCCAUUCCUAUGAACCAAUACGGCUAUGAAGGGCAAUUGGGCUGUGCAGCCAUUGAGUUUCAUGCAGAAUCACGGGACCAAAUGGACAAGAUUAUCGGUGAGUUAGAGCAGUGGUUUGCAAGCUCUGAGCACGGAUUGCCAGCUUAUGCCAUCCCACGGUUUCUACGCGUUGUUAGGGACAGUGCCAACGUAGCGCCUGCCCAAGGCCCCAGCCAUGGGGGUGAAACCGAGCGGGUAUCAACCAUCAUGAAGAAAGUCAAGGUUGGACUCCGCAAGGAGGGAUUCUCGCCUGUUGGAUCUGAAGAUCAGAUGUUCUGGAUUGAGAAAGAAGGGUCUGGAUAUAUCCCGCUGGUUGAAGCCACGGCACAGUCACUUCGGGCGGGGCAAUUCCCGUUGUAA